CUUAAUCUCCAGACACAAAAAGGAACGCAAAAUUCUUGCUAGCGUCAGCGCGCUGACCAAAAGCUGUAGAACUCUGUGUUCGAUCGAGCGGCCACGUGUUGGUUGACUGAGUUGUCUAUCAUUUAUGUAAAUCAGUCGUGCAUUCGCUUUCAAGGGUUAACAACUGAAAGAUCGCAUCUCAAACAAGCAUUUCAAAAUGGCUGAAGGAGAAGCUAAAAAAGUCAAGAGAAAUGUUCUAAUUCCAGUUGAUCCUAGUCACCAUGCCGAGGAAGGAUUCACUUGGUUCAUGGAUAAUGUUUACCAUGAAGGUGAUCAUGUAGUCGUACUUCAUGUUGCYGAGCUCCACCCACCAGCAUUACCUCAUGCCCUUGCAACUGAAGAAUGGAAACAUGAAGUGGAGAAACAYGAACAAAAGGUUGAGGAAUUGAAGAAAAAGUAUGCACAGAAGUGCAAAGAUUAUAAGUUGGAUGCCAAAGUGAAGAUCGUUGGUGUUUCUACCUCAGUAGGUGCUAAAGUGUGCGAGGAAGCCAAGAUUGAGGAAGCUACCUUGGUGGUGAUUGGCAGUCGAGGAAUGGGUCUAAUCAGGCGCACCAUUUUAGGGAGUGUCAGUGAUUACGUCAUCCAUCAUGCACACUGUCCAGUUGUGGUUAUUCCUAAAACAGAAGCAAAGAAAGAAUGAAGACCUUGCUUUGUUUAAUCAAGUUAUUCUUUUUUGUUUCCAUAUUCAGGAUUAGAGUAAUUAGUCGCUUAUCAAAAGCAAUCAAUAAACGUGUAUUUUCACGCUAA